CAAAUAGGAUUUGAGGAGUUCCAUUCCACUUCCUUUCCCCAAAUCCAAGGAUCUGCAGUCUAAUUUUUUCUGCCAAUUAUAUCCAGAACUGGGAUUUGGAAUUUAGGGGACUCCCUGACAGCUCCGAAGGUGGACUCGCAGCCACGCCCUCACUCGCACUCCUGUUCACUUUAAUUUUUUUUCCAUUUUCUCAUCACCUCCCCAGCAAGGCUAAUAGGGAAAGAUCACAGUCAUUUUUGACCACAGUGGGCUCUUUUAAACAGUCUAGCUCAUGUACCCACAUUUCUAUCCUUAAACAGAAACUAAGCAACCAGUCACAUCUAUCCGGUGCUUUACAGAUUGUGAAAUGCCUUCUCUUGAACCUCAUAAUGUAGCUGGAAAGCAAACAAAGAAGGCUUGGUGAGAUGGCUGUGGCAGUGGGGAUAGGAGAUGGGCAAGACAGCUGGCUUCUAAAUGUUUGAAAGGCUGCUAUCACUGAAAGGGUUGCAUUUAUUUUGCUUGACUCUUGAAGGCCGAUAUAAGAGAAAGAGUGCAAGUGAUUGAGAGGGGUGUAUAGAUUUCACCGCCCUUGCCCUCCCCCAAUUUAAGAAACUUCAUAAAAAUUACAAUUGCGCAAAAAUAAAAUGAAUUGCCUCCUGGGGUAGUGAGCUUCUUAUCACAGGACAAUCCUCAAAAAGAGACCGUAGAGAAGUUUCAUCCAUCCAGAAGAAGCUUUAGGAUUCUAUAAUUCUAGAUAGACAUGCAAUGGGAGUCUCUACAAGUCCUACAGUGCCUCAAUUUCUGCUUCAAAGACAGCCCCCCAGGGAGUAAAGCCUCUGAUGAAUGCAGUAGAAAUACUGAAAUCACAACAGGGCUCCUGCAUCUCAGGGAUUUUUACCCUUAAUGAGACCAAGCUAAACUCAGUUCCAUAGGGAGUCGUGGAUGAAAAACAACUCAUCCCAAAUGGAUAAUAAAAUUCAAAACCAACAACCAAGUUCCAAGCACAAGAACCAGAGGCUGAACCGAUAUUUGCGUAAGAAAACAAACACCAGUAUUACCUUACUCCCUCAUUUGGAUAAUCGUGGGAGGAAGAAUGUGACAGCUGUGGCAAAGAUCUCUUCUCAGGACAGUAACCUCCCACUCAUCAACAGCAAAAGUUUGGCAAAGGAUAAGCAACGCCAUCCAUCCUCUGAGAUCAAGGCUUCAUCCAGCCGCAGCAGCCAAAGUCAAACCUUCAAAUCAGAGGAUAACCUGACACCCCACAAGAUACCUCUGACAGCAUCAGAAGCCCUAAAAUAUUACAAGAACCAACUGUCUGUGUAUGAGCGAAAUGAAGUUCUGGGCUAUACAGAACUGUGGUUCCUAGGGCUUGAGGCCCAGAAGUUAGAUGUGCUUCCUGAAAAACAUAACAAGACAAGCUUUGAUGAUGAACAUGGCUCCUAUAUAAAGGUCCUACAUGAUCACAUUGCCUAUCGCUAUGAGGUCCUGGAGAUGAUUGGCAAAGGAUCCUUUGGACAGGUGGCCAAGUGUUUGGAUCACAAAAAGAAUGAGUUGGUGGCACUGAAAAUCAUCAGGAACAAAAAGAGAUUUCACAAUCAAGCCCUUGUGGAGCUGAAGAUCCUGGAAGUUCUCCGAAGAAAGGACAAAGAUAACUCAUACAAUGUGGUACACAUGAAGGACUACUUCUACUUCCGGAAUCAUCUCUGCAUCACUUUUGAACUUUUGGGGAUCAAUUUAUAUGAGUUGUUGAAGAAUAAUAGCUUUCAGGGAUUCAGCUUAUCUGUGAUUCGACGCUUUACACUCUCAGUUCUAAAAUGUUUGCAAAUGCUGUAUGUAGAGAAAAUCAUUCACUGUGAUCUCAAACCAGAGAACAUUGUUCUAUACCAAAGGGGCCAUGUUUCAGUUAAAGUUAUUGACUUUGGCUCAAGCUGCUAUGAAGAUCAAAGAGUGUACACCUACAUCCAGAGUCGUUUCUAUCGUUCCCCGGAGGUGAUUUUGGGCCAACCUUAUGACACCGCCAUUGACAUGUGGAGCUUGGGAUGCAUUCUGGCAGAGCUGUACACUGGCUACCCACUUUUUGCCGGGGAGAAUGAAGUAGAACAAUUGGCCUGCAUUAUGGAGGUGCUGGGUCUACCACCACUCUACUUAAUUCAGACCGCCUCCAGGAGGCAGACAUUCUUUGAUUCCAAAGGUUUUCCUAAAAAUAUAACCAACAACAGGGGGAAAAAAAGAUAUCCAGACUCCAAGGAUCUCACCACGGUGCUGAAAACCUAUGACACCAGCUUUCUGGACUUUCUGAAAAAGUGUUUGAUAUGGGAUCCUGCACUUCGAAUGACUCCUGACCAGGCUCUCAAACAUGUCUGGAUUCAGGAGUCAAGGAAUCUUAAAGGACGGUCCAAAACUCAGAACGUAAAGAAAACCAGCCUCUGCUACCUUGCAGAAAAGAAGGAGAAAACCCAGCAGCAAGUCCGUUCAGGAAAGACAGCAGAAAAGACCUCCGGGAUAGAGAUCACAGCAGACACAAGCAAAAGUGGAACAACUGGGAAUGAUCAACAUUGUGGUGACCAGCAGGUCUCCACCCAAUCUUUGGGUGAAGGCAAAGUAGAAGAAUCGGUCUGGUUGCCACCUUUAGCAGAAGCCACAGGAAAACCAGAGGCAAAUGAGGAAUCAAAGGAGUGUACAGGCUUCGAGGGAGAACAUAAGAAAGAGACAUCUCCCAAGAACUCUACAUCCUUCUUACCACCCAUUGUAUGACCUUCACUGGGGAUGGAUUCUGUUUCUUUCCACCAGUGAUUUAUAUUAGAGACAACUCUUAUAUUGUACAAUA